UAAACUCAGUUUUUCAUGGCAAACACACAAAUAAAGCAAUAUCCCCCCCAAAAUAUUUGAAAGUCAAAUAUUUGAUGUGAAUACAUUUAAGCUUAAAAUAGGUCAAUAUUUCAUAAUGUGGAUUUUGAUUCAUUAUUAUUUUUGGAGCAAUGACAGCAUAAACAAACAUACAAAAAUAACUCUGUAGACAAACGUCAGGUCCGCCGUCUAUAUCGGGUUUUUUAGGCAUGCACCCUUUAAGUCUAAACCUAGUUUUUCAUGGCAAACACAAAAAAGCAACAUUUGCCCCCAAAAUAUUUCAAAGUAAAAUAUUUGAUGUGAAUAAAUUUGAGCAUUAAAUUGGUCAGUAAUUCAUAACAUUGAUUUUGAUUCAUUAAUAUUUUUGGAGCAACGACAGCAUAAACAUACAAAAAUAAUGGGGAUCCAAAACACUUAAAAGUGUUUAAAAAAAAGUUAUAUAUUAUUUAAAAGUCCCACUUAAAAUAUUGGGGAUCCAAAAGGGUCCUUCUCAUUAAAAUGUUAAAAACCAAGCAUACAUUUUGAUUUAUACCGCAACACUUAAAUCUCUGGACGAAUGUCAGGUCUGUGCAUAUUGUAUUUUUUUUGGCAUGCACCCUUUAUGUCUAAACCCAGUUUUUCAUGGCAAACACACAAAAGCAACAUUUGCCCCCAAAAUAUUUCGAAGUACCACAUUUUAUGUGAAUACAUUGGAGCAUUAAAUUGGUCAAUGAUUCAUAACAUGGAUAUUGAUGUAUUAUUAUUUUUGGAGCAAUGACAGCAUAAACAAACAUACAAAAAUAACGGGUAUCCAAAAUGUUAAAAAUCAGGCAUGCAUUUUAAUUUUUACUGCAACACUUAAAUCUCUGGACAAAUGUCAGGUCUGUCUAUAUCGUGUUUUUUUUUGGCAUGCACCCUUUAUGUCUAAACCCAGUUUUUCAUGGCAAAUACACAAAAGCAACAUUUGCCCCCAAAAUAUUUCAAAGUACCACAUUUUAUGUGAAUACAUUGGAGCAUUAAAUUGGUCAACGAUUCAUAACAUGGAUAUUGAUGUAUUAUUAUUUUUGGAGCAAUGACAGCAUAAACAAACAUACAAAAAUAACGGGGAUCCAAAAUGUUAAAAAUCAGGCAUGCAUUUUAAUUUUUACUGCAACACUUAAAUCUCUGGACAAAUGUCAGGUCUGUCUAUAUCGUGUUUUUUUUUGGCAUGCACCCUUUAUGUCUAAACCCAGCAUACACAUACAACAAUAAUAGCGAUCCAAAACACUCUUAAAAGUGUUUAAAACAAAGUCUUAUCUGAUUUAAAAGUCCUACUUAUUGUUGAAAUAAGUCAUUUUUAAACUUUUUUUUUUUGAAACUCUAUUUUUAGAAUGUGCCACAAACCGUUAACAAAUUAGGGCUGUAAAGAUACGAACAUGUCCUGUCGCUGCCGUAAAUAAUCACGGUUAUUAUUAUCGUGCUGAAAAAGUACACACUAAAGUCCUGAGGCCAGGUUAUUUUUCGACAUAAAAUAACUCCAUAAAUAUUUAGCUUGUUUUGUGUUUCUGAUGUGUUUAAAUUGCUAAUUGCUAGGUGUUGUUUCUGGCGUCCUACUCUGCCUGGCGGUCCUUGAACGCACCGCGCAGAACGCACGUGAGCUACAUGCGCCUCGCGCCGCCCUCAAUGGCGGCGGGCACGCCUGGUGACGUCACCCCCGCGUUAAGUGGUGACGUCACGAACAAGUUUUACAUUUUUAUUAAAAAAAAAACUAAAACAAGAAUUCACACACUUAGCAUACAUUGCUUUCAAAAUAAAAGCUCGCGCUCGCAGAGGUCCGGGUAACCCGUGGUUACGGUGGUAUUUUUUAAGAAUAAAUAUUAAUAUUAAUGGUUUAAUAUUAAUAUUUAAUUCAACAUUGUAUUCAUUCUCGCUGUUUUGAUACUGCAACGCGACAGACGCGUGCCCAAUGUUGUAAUGGUGUUUUAUUGUGAAAGGCUCAAGCGGAAGUGGUGUGGAGUAUAUGAGCCGGAGGACUCUCCAGGCUGCCUCAAAGUGGUCCACGGACUCACCGGGACUUGCCCUCGCCUUCUAAAACUUGUCCCGUUUCUAAGGAAAAAGUGCUCCCAGUGUCCCACAUGCCGCUGCUAGACGUCGUGCCGGACUUGGAGCGCCUGGCCGCCGACCGCGUGGUCCCGGCGCUGCUGGAGCGGGGCUUCUGCUGCGUGGACGGUCUCCUCGGGGAGCGGGCCGGCGACGCCGUGCUGGAGCAGGUCAAGGACUUGCACCGGAGCGGGGCCAUGGACGACGGCCGCCUGGCGGCCACCGGACCCGCCGCCCCGCCCGCGGGCGUCCGGGGGGACAAGAUCGCGUGGGUCAGCGGCGCCGAGCGGGAAUGUGACGCCAUCAACGCCCUCCUCAAGAGGCUCGACCACGUGAUCACGGUGUGCGCGCGCAGCCUGGUCGGACGGUCCAUAACGGAGCGAUCUAAGGCCAUGGCGGCGUGUUACCCAGGCAAGGGUGCGGGCUACGUGCGACACGUGGACAACCCCAACAGUGACGGGCGCUGCAUCACCUGCAUUUACUACCUCAACAAGAACUGGAAGUCCCAGGAAGACGGCGGCGUCCUGCGCAUCUUUCCAGACGGGCAGUCGUGCGCGGUGGACAUCGAGCCCCACUUUGACCGCCUGCUGGUCUUCUGGUCGGACCGCAGGAACCCUCAUCAGGUGUUGCCUUCCUACGCCGCCAGGUACGCCGUCACCGUUUGGUACUUUGACUCCCACGAGCGAGCCCAGGCCAGGAGACGACUCGCCCCCCCCGCUGUGCGCAGCAGCUGAUUGGAGACACUCCCCCCAGUGGCAGUUACAGAGAACUGCAGCGAGACAGAACAAGUCAGCCUUUGACGUUGGAGGCGUGGCUUAACCCCGUGCUGUCGUCUGAUUGGCUGGCUGCUGCACGAUGCACCCCGCCCCCAUCCUUCUGCACGUUGACCUUUGACCUACGGAGAGCCAGGAGGGUCCAGGUGUGGGGGGUCACGGUGGUCAUGUGACUCCUGGGCUGUUGUAGAGGUUUGUGCAGCCCUUUGAGACAUUAGUGAUUUAAGGCUAUAUAAGUGAACAUUGAUUGAUUGAUGAUGUCAUGGCCCCGCCCACUGCUGCCUUGUUGCAUGGAAGAUGGUCAUUAAAAUAUUAUAUCAAUCACUAA